UCUUUCAAAGAAUCAAACUACCCAACAAGCCCGAGCAGCCAUCCAAAAACUUUUAGGCCUGUCUCCUUCAUCUAAGAAGUGUGUAUAUACUGGAAACUGACAAAACGUGGUAGAUAACUUCUGUUAUAUUAUGGUAAACCCACAGGCCAAGGAAUUAUUACAUUUGUGUAAACCUUUGCGCAGUUACAGGAUAUAGGAGACAAACCACACAGGAACAUUUGGUAAAUACAUGUACAUUUAUGGGACCGCUAUAAGAGCAUCAAAAAGAUUUAAAAUAAACCUGAAAAAAUCCGUGAAGAUCGCCAAGCUCAGCAGUAAAGAAUGAGUCUUCUUCCUGACCUGAUCGCGAAUGAGGACGAGACAUCCUACUACGAGGACAAGAUCUGGGUCCAGUGUGAGUCCCCCAGCUGCCUGAAGUGGAGGCUAGUAGUCAAGAUCGAUAAAGCCAGUGCUGAGUUGGACCAGGACAAACCCUGGUUCUGCCACAUGAACCCUGACCCUCUCUUCAGCCACUGCAGUGUCCCCCAGGGUCCCUUCCCUAAAGAAUCCCUGUUCAAGGAAAAAGGCCUGAAGAUGGUCUAUUCUCUGCUACCAGUUGGCAGCUUGGUGCUGGCGAAAGCAGGCAAAUGGCCAUGGUGGCCAGCCAUCCUCUGCCCAGACCCCAGCGGGGAGGAGUAUACCAGGCUGGACAGCGAUGGCUAUGUGGUCUGCUACCAUGUUGAGUUCCUGGGGCGGCCUCACACAAGAUACUGGGCUUCUACCAAGCACGUGGAACCCUAUAGAGACCCCUCCACCCACCCCAAAUACAGGAACCUGAGAGGUGUAAAGAAGAAGUCGUAUGAGGUGGCAAUAGAGGAGGCCGUGAAGGUGAAGGAGAUGGGAUGUGAGGAAAGAGUGCAGAUUUGCCAAUUCCAGCAUCAGGAAUUGUUGAGUCAGGCGCAGAGUCUAAUGCAUUCAAUUGAGAGGAUGCUAAAACAGUGUUCACACCAGCAGGAGAGCCAAGUGAAGAAGAAUUCCCUGAUCAUCAUAGUUCUGCCCGUCAGUCAGACUUCUGUUAAACACCAGGCCAGUGUCCCAAAUGGCACCCUACUCAGUACACUACUUUUGACCAGGGCCGGUGAGGAAGGGGCCAUGAGGUUGAGGAGUAAAACCUGGCGCACCCCGCCUCUGCCAGACCCGUCGCUGCUGUGUUUGUGUUGGGCCAGACUGACUUCUCGUUUGUCCCAGUGAGAGUUUACGGGACGACGAGGAACAGAAGGAGAGGUGCAUGGAGGAAGGCAGGGCGAAUAGGAUCGGGAAGAUGGAUGGAUGGAUGCAGGCUGGCGGGCCGACACAGAAACUCCUCAGACCUUACCGCCUACCGCCAAUCCCCACGAUGACCGAGUAGCAGACCAGCGUCAGAAAACAGGAGCCUACUCUGUGGACCCUGACGAGCCUGUGUGCUUAGGAAAGCACACCUCCCCCUGUGUAGUGUUGCUCUUUCUGCUUGAUCUCACAGCCUAGCAACUAUUGCUUGCUAAAUCAAUACAGCUAGGCGUAACGUUUCCUCUUUGGUGAUCAGGGCGAUCUUCAUUCCGCGUGGCCCAAAUGGCCCUAUUCUCCAUGGGCCAGGGUCAAACUCAGUGCACUGUGUAAGCCAGGCCAUUUGGGACGUGGGCCCUGACUUCCCGUCUCUGAUUUGUUUAGUGUGUGUGUGUGCUGGACGGGGCCCCUCCGGGACCUUCCUGCCAUAUUAGAGAGAAGAAAUACGAGCGAUUCCAUUGUAAUUAUAAAAGUACUGCGGGCAGACACGCUGCUUCAUAACUCAUUCCUUCCACUUCAUGUUUCAUAACUGCUAGAGUAUGGGAUGAGGAGAAGGGGGGAGGGGAAAAAGAGAGAGAGCGCUAGAUGGAAAGAGAGGCAGUGGGUUUGGGGAGAGAGAGCAACAGGGGUGGAUUGGGUAGAAACAUUGUUCCAGUUUCCCCUCUACAUUUCUGUUGUGUAUUAAAAUAUUAAAUGUGCCAUAAACCUGCAGCUGUAGUGGUGCUGUUGUCGACUGAGAUCCCGUGCAUCCCAAAGGGUACCCUGCUCCAUGUGUAGUGUACUCCUUUGUCAAACACAGUGCAUUGUGUAGGGAAUAUGGUUCCAUUUAGGAUGCCGGGAGUACGUGAGAAAAAAAUUAUUCAAAAAGGAACCAUGACAACAUGAAAAUGAUCAGGACAUCUGUGUGUCUGUUUAUUAACAGAUAGACGGACAGACAGACAAACAGUCAGACUGGCAGACAGACAGACAGACAGACAGGCCAAACCUAAAGGUUGCUAGUUCGAAUCCCAGAGGAGACAUCAGACAGGUUUUAUCCCCUUCUGUUUGAACUUUGGUUAUGUUACACUCAAAAAGAUGGCCUCUCUCAGACCACAAAGCUCACCUACAGAUCGUCAAAUACUUCAGGCUCUUGUCAGUCCCUCUCUCUGACUGAAGGGGAUUUCCCCCCCAUCCUUCCUUUCGUUUUUCCCUCUUUCUCUUACGGGUGAUGCGAUGUGCAAGUGUGCACAGAGAGAAAGUGCUGUGGAGCACCAUCGCUAAUCCCUUUUGCACUAGCCACCAACCCUGCCCGUUUAAUGACCUCCACCCAACCCCGCCCUACUCCUCAUGUAACACACUCCGUUUGACCAGGACCCCCAAAGCACUAGUCAGAAAAUAGUGCGCUACACUUACACAGGCCGUUUAUUCGCUGUUGUCUUUGCUCGUCGGUGUAGGCUGGUCAUUAAAACGUCUUCCUGAGAAUUUGUUGUAUGUAUUUAUUGUGUUGACGGCUGGUUUCCAGAGUUUUACUGGGAGAUUUCUUCCACGUUGAUCUGAACUGUAGUUGCUAAACGCCAGGGAUUCUUUAAUUGCUCGUAUCUCCAUGUCAACUCUGAGGAUUUUUGCAUUUUAUUAGCAUCUCCAUUGGCCACUUACCAAAGGGCAGCGUCUCCUCGUCCCGGGGCUCAUGUAAUGGUCGUGUACAGGUUUCCCAGCGCCUUGCUAAAGGGACCAACGAUAGAAACGAUUUUGUCAACAAUAUGAACCCAGCAACACCCCAGUUUCCAGAUGCUUUUCUCCCUAUUUUUCAUCACCUUCGGAAUUGAUCCGGCAACUUUUGCGCUACGGGUUCAUAACCUACAGUACACAAUACUGUGAUCAAAGAGGGAAAAUGAGAUGAUGAAAUGGGGACAGGCUGUUUCAGUAACUUAUUGUCAGAUUAGCAUGUGACUGUGCCGACAAAGAUAUACUGUAGACGGGCUGUCAAAUGUUCUCACUUUAAUCUUCAACAAGAUACUCAUCUCAUUGCUUUGUAGAUUGUUGGAAUAUGAGAGAAAGAGAGAUGGAGAGACUUGGGGCUCUGUGUGUAUAGACAGACCCUGCCGAGCCCCAAGACGGCAACACAGACCCAAGGAAGUCAUGAGAAAACGGAGGAGAGCCAUUCACUGCCGUGACUGACACGCAAGAAAACCAAAAACAUUGAGUCCGCAUGGGCUCAGCGUGGCCUCCGUGUUACAGUAUUUCUCAGGUGCUUAUACACGGUUUCUGAAAGCAUGGCAUGUUUUCUGAAAACUCUAAACACAAAUCCAAAAUUGCCCGAAUCUCUUGCAAAAGCAAACACUGUGUUCAAAACACUGUCUUCUCAAAAUGAAAUGUUGUCUUCCAAUGACACACACACACACACACACACACACCAUCAAAUGAAUACACAUUUCUAAUAACCAUGGAACAAUGAAAAACACUAUGAUGAAUGGGAAACACUAUUAUGAUAAUCUUAUCAGGAGGCCUUUUGUGUUAUUAUAUGUAUACAUACUGUAGCCUGUUGUAAAUUAUUAUGUUUUC